CGAGGAGGCUGCGCAAGAAACCGAAGAGAGAGAGAGAGAGAGAGAGAGAGAAGUUUAAAAGCAAGAAAGAGAGAGAAAGAGAGAAAAGGCUUUUACACGUGAUUAAGAAAGUAGCAAAAGUGCUUUGCAUGCGUGUAUAACUUCAUCAUAAUCACCAUCAUCUUCAUUUUCUCUUCCCUCUUCCAUUUUCUCUCUAUACCCUUCUAAUACAGAUACUUUCCAACUCAUUAUUUUUCAAUCAACUUCUAGUGGAUAUAUAAUAAUCAAAAGCUAGAAGCAAAAAUUUGAAAGCCAAGAUGCCAGUGAGACAAAUGAAAGAAAGCUCAGAGCAACACAUUGUGAUUAAAACCAAUUUGCAAAACCCUAAUAAGAUUCCACCAAAGGCUUCUCAAAAUGGAAAAGCUCCACCACCAAAUUCAGUAGAAAACCAUAGUCAAAUUUCACCUCAAGCAAGGAACAAAGGAAGAAGAAGAGGAAGAGGUGGAAGAAAAUCUGAUCAAGUAGAAAUUUUGAUGAGACCAAGUUCAAGACCAUGUACUGCAAUAACAAGUAUUUCAAAUGGUUACAAUUCUAGUAACAUUGAUGUUGGUUUUCCUACUUCAAACAAGUCUUUGAACUUUGCUCCUAGACCUGGAUUUGGAACAGUUGGGACAAAAUGUAUUGUGAAGGCUAAUCACUUCUUUGCAGAGUUACCAGACAAGGACUUAAACCAAUAUGAUGUUACUAUUACCCCUGAAGUGUCAUCAAGAACAGUAAACAGGUCCAUUAUAGCUGAGCUUGUGAGGUUGUAUAAAGAGUCUGACUUAGGGAUGAGGCUUCCAGCUUAUGAUGGCAGAAAAAGUCUGUAUACUGCAGGACAGCUACCCUUUUCCUGGAAAGAUUUUAAGAUUAAGCUUGUUGAUGAAGAGGAUGGAGUUAAUGGCCCCAAAAGGGUAAAGGAGUACAGAGUGGUGAUCAAGUUUGUUGCUAGAGCAAACUUGCAUCAUUUGGGCCAGUUUCUAGCUGGUAAGCGUGCCGAAGCACCGCAGGAGGCGCUUCAAAUUCUUGAUAUUGUCCUAAGAGAGCUAUCAACUAAGAGGUAUUGCCCCAUUGGGAGGUCUUUCUUUUCACCUGAUAUAAGAAAACCACAACGGCUUGGAGAGGGAUUGGAAUCAUGGUGUGGAUUCUACCAGAGCAUAAGGCCUACUCAGAUGGGCCUUUCCCUCAAUAUUGAUAUGGCAUCUGCUGCGUUCAUCGAGCCUCUUCCAGUUGUAGAAUUUGUUGGUCAGCUGCUAGGAAAAGACGUGCUGUCCAGGCCAUUGUCGGAUGCUGAUCGAAUCAAGAUUAAGAAAGGCCUUAGAGGAGUUAAAGUUGAAGUAACACACAGAGGAAGUGUAAGAAGAAAAUAUCGUGUUUCAGGGUUAACUUCUCAACCAACAAGAGAGCUUGUGUUUCCUGUUGAUGAGAAUUCAACUAUGAAGUCAGUAGUUGAAUAUUUUCAAGAGAUGUAUGGUUUCACGAUUCAAUAUACUCACCUUCCUUGCCUUCAAGUAGGCAACCAAAAGAAGGCUAAUUACUUGCCUAUGGAGGCAUGCAAAAUUGUUGAAGGGCAACGUUAUACGAAAAGAUUGAAUGAAAAGCAAAUUACUUCUCUAUUGAAAGUUACUUGUCAGAGACCCCGCGAUCGGGAAAAUGACAUUUUACAAACCGUUCAACAUAAUGCUUAUGACCAAGAUCCUUAUGCAAAGGAAUUUGGAAUUAACAUCAGCGAGAAGCUAGCUUCUGUCGAAGCUCGAAUUCUUCCUGCUCCUUGGCUUAAAUAUCACGAAAGUGGGAAAGAAAAGAACUGUUUACCCCAUGUUGGCCAGUGGAAUAUGAUGAAUAAGAAAAUGAUUAAUGGAAUGGCUGUUAACCGGUGGGCAUGCAUAAAUUUCUCACGGAGCGUGCAAGAUAGUGUUACUCGCACUUUUUGUAAUGAUCUCGCUCUAAUGUGUCAAGUAUCUGGCAUGGAAUUUAAUUUGGAGCCUGUUAUACCUAUCUACAAUGCGAAGCCUGAGCAAGUGGAGAAAGCUUUGAAGCAUGUUUACCAUGUGUCAACAAACAAAACUAAAGGAAAGGAAUUGGAGCUUUUGCUAGCAAUAUUGCCAGACAAUAAUGGUUCUCUCUAUGGUGAUCUCAAGCGAAUCUGUGAAACUGACCUUGGUUUAAUUUCACAAUGCUGUCUUACAAAGCAUGUCUUCAAAAUCACUAAACAGUAUUUGGCUAAUGUGUCUCUGAAGAUCAAUGUUAAGAUGGGGGGUAGAAACACUGUUCUUCUUGACGCUGUAAGCUAUAGAAUACCAUUGGUUAGCGACAUUCCAACCAUAAUUUUUGGAGCAGAUGUUACACACCCUGAAAAUGGAGAAGACACUAGCCCCUCAAUAGCAGCUGUAGUAGCGUCCCAAGAUUGGCCCGAAGUGACAAAAUAUGCUGGUUUAGUAUGUGCUCAAGCUCAUAGACAAGAACUUAUACAAGAUUUAUACAAAACUUGGCAUGAUCCUGUUCGAGGCACAGUUAGUGGCGGCAUGAUAAGAGAUUUACUGAUUUCCUAUAGAAAAGCAACGGGACAAAAGCCGCUACGAAUUAUAUUUUACAGGGAUGGUGUAAGUGAAGGACAAUUUUACCAAGUUUUACUUUAUGAGUUGGACGCAAUCCGGAAGGCAUGUGCAUCCUUAGAACCAAACUAUCAGCCUCCAGUAACUUUCAUCAUUGUACAAAAAAGACAUCAUACUCGGUUAUUCCCAAACAACCAUAGAGACAGGAGUAGCACAGAUAAGAGUGGAAAUAUAUUGCCUGGGACUGUUGUCGAUACUAAAAUUUGCCAUCCAACGGAAUUUGAUUUUUAUCUCUGCAGUCAUGCUGGCAUCCAGGGUACUAGUCGGCCAGCUCACUAUCAUGUUCUAUGGGACGAAAACAAUUUCACAGCAGAUGGAAUCCAAUCUUUAACAAACAAUCUUUGUUAUACAUAUGCUAGGUGCACACGAUCCGUAUCCAUUGUUCCACCAGCAUAUUAUGCACAUUUAGCAGCUUUUCGAGCCCGUUUCUAUAUGGAACCAGAAAUGCAACAAGAGAAUGGUUCUUCAGGUGAUGGUAAUUCUAGUCAUAAUAGUUCCAAGGGAACAACAAGAGCAGCUGGAGAAUGUGGUGUUAAGCCAUUACCAGCUUUGAAAGAUAAUGUUAAGAGAGUGAUGUUUUACUGUUAAAACUACUUUAGUUGGCAUUGUAAAGAGUAUUCUGUGUCAAUCUUCAUUUUAGGAAAUUUUGCUUAAAGGCUUUUACAGAUGUUAAGGGGAAGUUUUUCUAAUUAGUCUUACAGAAACAUUAAGCCAACAAAUCGUGUUUAUUCUGCACCAUAGCUGAAGGAAAAUGAGUCAAGUCAGUGUAACAUUUCUUUGACAUUUCUCCAUGUAAAUACUCAACCAAAAAUAUUACUAGGAAAAAAAAUGAUUAUAUGUGCUAUCCCAUGGGAGUUUCAUGCACAAAUUUAAUUUGAAUACCGUCACUGUUAUUUGAUUCA